AUGUCAACCAUGCAGAAUAUCUUCGACGGCUUCCAGGAGCGCCAGACAAAACUUGAACAGUCCGAAAAUCCUCUCUCUCAUGGCGCAGCCCUCAUUGAAGGCCAGGUCUCCCCGUUGUACGAGGCCCGAAUCCCCAUCCUCGACCAGGGCUUCCUUCACAGCGAUCUCACCUACGACGUACCCGGCGUGUGGGAUGGGAAGCUGUUUCGUUUCGAUGACCACCUGGACCGCCUUGAGGCUAGCUGUAAGAAGCUGCGUCUGAAGCCUCCUAUGUCGCGAGACGAGAUCAAACAAGUAACCAUUGACUUGAUCGCAAAGAGUGGCAUUCGCGAUGCCUAUGUCCAACUCAUCGUCACGCGCGGGUUCCGCUUUGUUCGUGAGCCCGUAUCUAGCGACACGCCCGACAACAACUUCAUCUACAUCCUGGUGCAGCAGAUUGGCGGCGAAGCCAUCGUCGCUCGCACCGUUCGACGUAUCCCACCUGGCGCCAUUGACCCUACGGUCAAGACUCUGCAGUGGGGAGACUUGAUCAGGGGUCUCCUUGAGGCGCAAGAUAGGGGCUCGCAGUAUCCCUUCUUGACCGACGGGGACGCCAACAUUACCGAGGGAGCCGGGUACAACAUCGUCUUCGUCAAGGAUGGCGCCCUCUUUACGGCCAGGAAGGGCGUCCUGGAGGGUAUUACCCGACGAACUGUCUUUGGUGUUGCCGAAGCCAACAAUAUUCCCGUCCAUGUCGACGACGUGCCGACGAGCUUGGCGUUUGAGGCUGAUGAGAUAUUCAUGUGCACCACUGCGGGCGGUGUCAUGCCUAUCACGAAGCUUGAGGGGAGCCCUGUGGGCAACGGGGAGAUUGGUCCCAUCACCACCUUGAUCUGGGACGGGUAUUGGGCUCUGCAUUAUGACCCUAAACACACCAUCGAGAUCAAGUAUGAUGAAUGA